AAAUAAUCCGGUUUUGCUUCUUGCUUAGAAUCUCUUUUCUUUGUCUUGUCUGACGAUGCGUUCCCAAUUCUGUCUCACCUAGAGCCCUAAGAUCCUGCUAGAUGUAUUGGCGGGGGUCUUCUUUGCCCAGGUCGUGGAGGAUCGAUCGCGCUUUUCGAUAUGCCGGACGCGGCCAGGAAUCUGGCUCCUCCCGCCAGGUUCGCCACCCCUCAUCGGCGGCGAAUUCGCUUUCUGCCAUUACACAAUCGCAGAGAUCCUCCUGCUCCCCAGCCUUAGCCUUUAUUGCUUGCAGGCGCCGCUUGUCGUACUCGAGCAGACCUGCUAUACAUUCCUUAUCUUCUACCUCUCUGUCACAAUCGAUGACCCCUUCUGUUGCAACCAGAAGAACAGUAGCAACAACCACAUUCAUCCCGUCUCGCCCAUUAUCCGGAGCAGCUGCGAGUGAGCUCAUCGCGCCCCCGGCUGUCGAAGAAAUGGUCGCCAGUGAGAUCAAACCAGACGUUGCGGGUGGCAGCCAGCCCGACGGCACAGAUCAAAAGGGCAUGAAACCAGAUCUCGAGUCCAUUGAGGCAACGAGCGAUGCUGCUGCUGCUGUCCCAAUGGAUCCGGAGUCGGAUGAUGACGUCCCCGUCGAGGCGGAGGAGUUGCAAGACGCAUUGUCGCGCCCUCCACCAGUUCAUAGCAGCUACCUGCCUCUUCCCUGGAAAGGGCGAUUGGGCUACGCUUGUUUGAACACCUACCUGCGGUACUCAAACCCGCCCGUCUUCUGCUCCCGAACCUGCCGCAUUGCCUCCAUUUUGGAGAACCGACACCCUCUUUUAGACCCUACGCAGCCCCCUCAUCCGAAGAACAAUCGCCCGGACCGCGAUCAGCCGGCCGAUGUGGCACGUGGGCAGGCGUAUGUGGAGGCGCUGGGCCUGGCGAAUGCCAAGGAUCUCCUCAAGAUCAUACGCUGGAAUGACAAGUAUGGGAUCAAGUUCAUGCGGCUGAGCAGUGAGAUGUUCCCGUUUGCGAGCCACAAGGAGUACGGCUACAAGCUGGCACCUUUUGCAUCGGAAACGCUCGCCGAGGUCGGUCGACUGGUCGCGGAGCUCGGUCACCGCGUGACCACUCAUCCGGGCCAGUUCACCCAGCUUGGAUCUCCUACUGAUGGCGUGGUGGAGAACUCCCUGCGCGACCUGGAUUAUCAUUCCGAGAUGCUGCAGCUGCUGCGCCUGCCCCCUCAGCAGGAUCGUGAUGCGGUCAUGAUCCUGCACAUGGGCGGGGUCUUUGGUGAUAAGCAGGCCACUCUCGACCGGUUUCGAGAGAAUUACAAGGGUCUGCCGCAAGAUGUCAAGAACCGUCUAGUGCUCGAGAAUGAUGACGUGAGCUGGUCGGUGCACGACCUUCUGCCGAUCUGCGAGGAGCUGAACAUUCCGCUUGUUCUAGACUAUCAUCAUCAUAACAUUAUCUUUGAUGCGACACAAGUCCGUGAGGGCACUCAGGAUAUUAUGGGCCUGUAUGACCGGAUCCGAGCGACCUGGACUCGCAAGAACAUCACGCAGAAGAUGCAUUAUUCGGAGCCCACUGCAGCGGCCAUCACUAACCGCCAGCGGCGGAAGCACAGCGACCGUGUCUCCACUCUGCCUCCUUGUGAUGCGACCAUGGAUUUGAUGAUCGAGGCCAAGGACAAGGAGCAGGCUGUAUUCGAAUUGAUGAGGACGUUUAAACUGCCAGGCUUCGAUCUCUUCAAUGACAUGUUGCCCUAUCAACGCACCGACGAGAACAAGCCGUUUAAGCCGCCGCGGAAGACGAAGAAGAAGGAGGGGUUUGUGGACCUCGAGGGCCAAGUCCCUCCUGUCCGAACCGUCCCGGAAGAGGAGGUGGGUAUGGGCGGGCCCGACAGAAGGGUUUACUGGCCUCCGGGCAUGGAGGAAUGGCUCCGACCGAAGAAGGUCGUCCGUAAAGUGGCCCCCCAGAGCCCUCGAAAGACGCCGGCCGCGAAGAAAACCAAGGACGCUACCAGUGCUGAUUCACCGGUGCCCAAGAGCGACCCCGAUGCCAACGUUAAAGAAGAGACGGGGGCACCGGUUACACCGGCUUCCAAGGUCACUCGACGGGUUCAGCGCACUCCUAGUGCCAAGAAGCCCACGUCCAGGAAACGCAAGGCAUCGCCGAUUGCCUCGACGCCGUCCGCUUCGGAUACGGAGAAUCCUGACGUGCCAGAGCUUCCCAGUCUGUCUCGUGCGCCGACCAACGGUGCCCGUCGUAGCACGCGGGCGAGGACGGUGAAUUACGCGGAGGACCCGGAUUCCGCUUGAGGCGGUGGUGCCUUGGGCUCCUACGACUUCGCAGCGUCGAUUGGCACUGCACCCUAGACGUGCAUGAGGAGGCCGUGCAUAAGCACAUGCCAUGCACUUGGGAAGGGAUGGAUGCUAGAUGAUACUUCAAGCAUCGAGAUUUUCCUGUCACGCCAUUUGCCACAGAAACGGGCAUUGAGAGCCGGGCAGGGCAAACCCAUUGCGUCGUAUAGAGUCGCUGGGUCUGAUGUACUAUUCUGAUGUACUACUGGAAACGAUAAAUCUUAGAUAAAGUAUAUAGUUACUCCGUAUAGUUAUAAGGCUAGCCUAGCU